AAAAUAGAAACUUCCAAGAUGGCCGAGUCCGUUGACUCCAUGCAUUUCGCAGCGAACAGCAAAACAAAUUCCCCCAAACCACUGUUAGCCAAACGGCCGCCAGAGAGCCGUCCGCAGUCUUCCAGUGACAUUUUCCCGCCUACCCCCAAGAAGGUUCGGGUGGAGGAGAAGGGCCUGAAGCACAGGAAGCUGAACGGAGAGGCGUGCGCAGGGGAAAAACACAACGGGAAGCAGAGUUGUGGAAGCCCAGCGAAAUGGAGUUUCGGCCCGGCCAAGACGAGCCACCCCACCGCCUCCGUAAUGCCCGCCACUCCGGUCCGAAAGAUCUUCAAAAUCAGCAACUUCCUCGCCUCGCCCCACAAAGCGAAAAAGGCGAAAGAGAAACGACACAAGGAGAAGGAGAGAGGCGACGAAGCCCCGCGGAGCUCCGCCGUCGCUAUGGAGAAAGUGAGCCCCGCUAGCUGCCAUACAAAGACGGAGAACGGCGACGUGAAAACGCUGCAGAGAGAUCACAUUGUGAAGGAGAAAGACAGGCAGAAGAAGAAAGAAAAGAAUAAAGAGUGGAAAAAUCACCAAAUGCCUCCUGUUCAUGACAUUGUGAGAGAAAACGGAGAUGUUGCUUCUCAGAAAGAGUCUAAGGAGAAGCUGAAGGCUGGGUCAGAGGAGGACCUGCUGCUGAAGAAACUCAAGAAGAAGAAGAAAAAGAAGCACAAAGAUGGCGAGCGAGCGAAGGAGAGGCACAGCCGUCCCAAAAUGUAUCACCGCUCGUGCCAGACCAUGUGCUCUGGGUUUUCUCUCGGUCUGCCCGAGCUCCUCGGUCAGAUGAACGGAGACAACGGCAACACUUACAUCCACACGACCCCACAACACCACCAGGAUCCUGCUGCCACCGCCACUACCUCCAACAGCAUCUCCUCCAUGAUCCGAGACGGCUUCAGCUACAACUCCCCGCUCCACUGCACCCCGGCGCCUGUACUGCCGGGGCUGGAGUUCGGCCAGCUGAUCCACAUCGAGCAGCAGGCCAACGGGGGGGCCUCGGUGGCACACGCCUACAUCGAGCAGCUCUCCUGCCUGUCUYCGCCCGAGAUGGAGCGCUUCGCCGAGGAGUUUGUGUCCCUGUCGUUCAGCGAGGACAAGGCUCACGCCGCGUGCUUCGUGAUGGGAAUCAUCCACGGAGCGGCUUCCUACCUCCCCGACUUCCUGGACUACUUCAAGUGCAAGUUCCCCAACACGCCGGUGAAGAUGGAGGUGCUGGGAAAGAAGGACAUAGAGACGACGACCAUGGCCAAUUUUCACUCUCAGGUGAAGCGGACGUACUCCCAGGGAACGUACCGAGCCGGAGCCAUGCGGCAGGUCAGCCUGGUCGGAGCUGUGGACGAGGAGGUCGGAGACUACUUCCCUGAAUUCAUCAGCAUGUUGGAGGAAUCCCCCUUCCUGUCGAGGACUCUGCCCUGGGGGACGUUCUCCAGUCUGCGGCUGCAGAGCCCCAGAGAGAGCGACGACGGCCCCAUCAUGUGGGUCAGACCAGGAGAACAGAUGAUCCCAAUAGCWGAUAUGCCCAAGUCACCAUUCAAAAGGAAAAGGUCCACUAAUGAGAUAAAGAACYUGCAGUACCUGCCCAGAACCAGCGAGCCCAGAGAGAUGCUGUUCGAGGACCGAACGAGAGCUCACGCUGACCACAUCGGUCAGGGCUUCGAGCGACAAACUACUGCUGCUGUCGGCGUGCUGAAGGCUGUGCGCUGUGGAGAGGACAGCGACACUCCUGCUCGGAUCACCAAAGACGUGGUGUGUUUCCACGCUGGAGAUUUCCCUGAUGURGUCAUGAGGCUGCAGCUGGACCUCCACGAACCCCCGCUGUCUCAGUGCGUUCAGUGGAUCGACGACGCYAAGCUGAACCAGCUGAGGAGGGAAGGGAUCCGAUACGCCCGAAUCCAACUGUACCACGAYGACAUCUACUUCAUCCCCAGAGGAGUCGUACACCAGUUCAAGACCGUGUCGGCUGUCUGCAGUCUGGCCUGGCAUAUCCGACUCAAACUGUAUCACCAACAUGAGGAGGAGGAGGUGCACGAAGACGAGAAGUGUUCACCAAGAGACACGGCACUCAAUAUCAAAGAGGAGGAACACGAGGAGGAAGAGAGGAAUAACUGUGACCUUGCUCUACAGCAGGGGCUGAAGRAGGAGGAGGAGGAGGAUGUGGAGAAACGGGAGGAGCCUCCUUUGCAAAUACUGAUACAGAAUUUCAAGGAGGAGGAGCAAAACGACGAAGGGGAGAUGAAGUUGUCUGCGUCACAGCCGCCGCCUUCUGCUGAGAAUAAAAGAGACGAGGUUUUAUUCAAACCUACCUCGUCGGAAACUAAAACGGAGGAAGACGUAAAGGAAGACGGCAAGGGAGGUGCAGACGCUUGUCAAACACUGCAGAGGAGUCCUGGGGAGGGCAGAGCGGACGGCGCAUCCUCCAAGUCUUUACAGAUCAAGAAAGAAAGCGACGCAGAGGAAGAGCGACUGCAGAAGACUGGUCAGGUUCCCAAAGAGAAGAGUAAAGAUGGUACAGGAAGCACUUGCAACACACCACUUAUCAAAAAAGAAAAGGAUAAAGGAAAGAGGGAGAGAGACGAAAAAGAGAGGACUAAAGAAAAGAAGGACAGGAGUAAAGAGAAGAAAGAUCGGGGGAAAGACAGAGAUCGAGACAAGGAGAGGGUCAAAGAGAGUGGCCCUGUACUGCAGGUAAAGAAAAGGGAGGAUGAAGAUCGAAUGAGGGAGGGCAGUAAAAACUCUCAAAGCACCGUGUCCGCUCAGAGGGACGAGAAGUCGGACUCCAAAACACAACCCAGCAUCAAAAGAGAGAAGGAGCACGACAAAGACAGGGGAAGCUCACAGGUGGAGGCUCCUCUGCGCUCCGACACAGACGAGGCUCGGGACUCCUGGACUCAUAAACACAAGUCUUCACACGGGAAGAAGGAGAAGAGCGGCCACAGGGAGGGAAAGGACAGCACAUCGAGUUUGCAAGGAAAACUCGGGAGGGAGGACGGUAAAUCACACAAACACACCACCCAUCAUGUCAAGAAAGACAGCAAAAAGGAGAAAGAUGUCAGCGGCAAGGAGGAAAAGAAAAAAGCUGUCUGCGGUCCUCCUCAGACAGAACACAAACCAGCACGGACGCUCUUCACCUUUGACCUCUUUAAACCGAUGGAGGCUCACCAAACGUUGGCCUUUUCCCUCUCUGACAUCAGACCGAAACCUCAGCAGCAUCUCACUGACUCUCGGGGUUCUUCCUCCAAGUCUGGAUCAGACUCGCGGACUAUGGUGCCCUCUAAAGGACUCAAAGUAAAGGACUCGUUACAGGGGAAACCUGCCACUGCGCUACAGGACUCCGGACCACAGCAGCACUCAAUAAAACAGCCUCUAAAAACACACACACACCAAACGCAAAAAGACUUCUUACUAUGAAUGUCUGGAUGUCACUUUUUUUUAUUGUCUGUACAACAGCAAGGUUUGGUUAAAAUAUCUGAAAGCUCAUCUUUCUUUCAGACAUCAACAUAUUUUCUAACGUAAUAAAGUUGAAGCGUUGCUACUUUGACUCACCUGUGAUGCUCUGAAACAAAGGUGCACUCUGCAGGUGUUUUUAACAGGCCUAAAAACGUAAGCUAAGUAGAUCACUUCCUGUUUGUUAGCAAAUGUACGUAGGCUUUAUUGUUAUGUGACCCACGUGUCAGUGCCUGUGCACUACUUAGCUUCACUCUGAAAGCUCCUGUUUUAGGUACCUGUCUAGCCAAUCUGAAAACCAUCUUCCUUCCUGCUUCAUGAUUUCAUCACUGUUGGGGAUAAGUCGGUCACGGAGCUGAAUUUUUUUUUUUCUGUUUCUAACACUCCAAAAUCAGAGCUAGUAGUUGUUUUCAGACUCUCACAGGGCUGUAAAUGAUACUGUAUGUACCAAAACUGUACAGUAUAGAUGUUAUUAGCACCAAUGUGAGAAAUGUAUACAGAAAUUGCAUAUAUUUUUUGUAAGACGGGUUUUAUUUUCCAUAGAACUUAUUUAUAUCAUUUACUGUCUGUUUUUAUUUGAAACAAACGURCGUGGGGAAAAUUCUGUUGUAAAUACAUUUUAUUUCCUAAGAUAAAACUUGGUAGUGUGAUUUAUACUCUUGAUUAGAACCUCUCAAUAAAUGGUUCAAAAAUGAUGACUAA